AUGAACAGAAGAAGACCCCAGAAUGCUGCAGUACCUCUCCAUCUACUGAAGCUGAGUCUGGGCUUUGCCUUCCUUCAGCUGCUUGGAGGGGAGGCUGCUGUGGUCCUCGAGGGCAAUGCUUACCAUGGGCUGCUUGUUGCCAUUAACCCUGCCAUUCCUGAAGAUCAGAAAAUCAUCGCCAGUAUUAAGGAAAUGAUUACUGAGGCUUCUUUUUAUUUAUUCAAUGCUACACAAAGAAGAGUCUAUCUGGGGAAUAUCAGCAUCUUAAUACCUUCAACAUGGAAAGCCUAUGCUUAUGCAAAACCAAAGCAGGACUUGUACACAAAGGCAGAUGUCAUUGUUGCUCCUCCUUACUGGAAACAUGGCAAUGAUCCAUAUACAUUACAAUAUGGAGGGUGUGGAGAAAAGGGGAAAUACAUACAUUUCACCCCGGACUUCCUAAUAAAUGAUGAUUUGAUUGGCAUCUAUGGAUCACGAGGGAGACUUUUUGUCCACGAAUGGGCCCAUCUUCAAUGGGGAGUAUUUGAUGAGUAUGAUAGUGAAAAGCCUUUUUACAUAUCAGGACAAAAUCAAGUGAAAGUCACAAGGUGUUCAUCUGACCUUACUGGAAUUUAUGUCUGUGAGAAACAAUCCUGUACCCAAGGCAACUGUGUCAUUGAUCAGGUGACAGGACUUUUAAAGGAAGGAUGUACCUUUAUCCAUGACAAGGAUCAAAAUGCAUCGUCUUCUAUAAUGUACAUGCAAAGCUUAUCUUCUGUAUUUAGAUUCUGUGAUGCAAGCAACCAUAAUAUUGAUGCUCCCAAUCUCCAGAACAGAAUGUGCAGCUAUAAGAGCACAUGGGAUGUCAUCAUGGACUCUGAUGACUUUAAAUCCAACCUCCCAUUGGCCAGCUACAGCUCUCCUAUGCCUCCCACCUUCUCACUGCUACAGGCUACAGACAGAGUAAUCUGUUUAGUCUUGGAUGUUUCUAGCAGCAUGAAUGAGAACAAUCGGCUCCACCGGAUGCGUCAAGCAGCAGAAGUGUAUCUAUUGCAAAUUGUGGAACAGAAUUCCUAUGUUGGGAUUGUAACUUUCAAUAACUCAGGAGAAGUCAAGUCUCCGAUCCGCCAAAUCAUAAAUGAUGAUGUGCGAAAGCAACUUGCUUCAAACUUGCCUGUUGCUUCAUUUGGUGAACGAACGAGUCUGUGUGCUGGGUUACAACUGGGACUGGAGGAAAUUAAAAAACAUAAUGGAGAUGCCUCUAGUUCUGAAAUCAUAUUACUGACCAGCAGAGAUGACAGCACAUUCAGCAAGUGUUUUUCUGAUGUAAUCAACAGUGGCUCAAUAAUUCAUACCAUUGCUCUGGGACCAUUUGCAUCCACAGAACUUGAAAAACUGGGAAGAAUGACAGGAGGCCUGAGUUUUUUUGCUACUGAUAGGCCAGACUCAAAUAGUCUAAUGGAUGUCUUCACGGCCAUUGCAGCUGGUCAUGGAGAUGUUAGCGACCAGCCUGUCCAGAUGGAAAGUGCUGCUGAAAGGGUGAAGGCCUACAGCCAGAUUAACAGGACGACGACAAUUGACUGCACUGUGGGGAGGAACACAUUCUUUGUUGCAACGUGGCAGAUAAACAAACCCACUAUCACUCUUCGGGACCCGAGAGGGAAAAGUUAUACCACUGAAGAUUUUGAUGUUGAUCCCAUUUUGCACAUUGCUCGUCUACAGAUUCCAGGGAUUGCAUGGGUUGGGGAUUGGACAUAUACACUCACUAACACUCACGUGUUACCUGAUGUCUUCACAAUGACCACAACCUCUCGAGUAGUCAAGUCUGAUGUAUCUGCUAUCUCUGUGAGAGUCCACACAAAUAAAGAUACAAACUCCUACCCCAGUCCAAUGAUUGUCUAUGCUCAGGUUAAUCAAGGCUUUUCUCCCAUUCUUGGUGCUAAUGUGACUGCUAUUAUUGAGCCAGAAAAUGGGGAUCCAAUCAUCCUGGACCUUUUUGACAAUGGUGCAGGUGCUGAUGUUUUUAAAAAUGAUGGUGUAUAUUCCAAAUACCUGUUUUCUUUCACAAGGAAUGGAAGGUAUAGCUUGAAAGUGCAUGUUCAGAGAGACAACAAGACUAUUGGUCCAUAUCUUACUAUACUAUGGAGUAAUGCCAUGUAUAUUCCUGGCUAUUUGGAAAAUGGUACAAUCCAGAUGAAUGCACCAAGGCCACUGAUGAAAAGUGAAGAUACACAAAUCAGAUCAGGGGGCUUCAGAAGAAUAACUUCGGGAGGCUCUUUCAGUGUAUCUGCAGUUCCCACUGGCCCAUAUACUGAUGUAUUUCCACCAUGCAAAAUUACUGAUCUUGAUGCCAGAAUAGAAGGUGAUAAAGUUGUUUUAACUUGGACAGCACCAGGGGAUGAUUUUGACCAGGGCCAAGCUGUAGGAUAUGAAAUAAGAGCAAGUGGAAGUCCACUGGAACUGAGGGACAAUUUUGAAAAUGCUGCUUCCAUGAAUAUCUCCAGACUGACACCUCAGGAGGCUGGCUACAAGGAAACAUUUAUGUUUAAACCUGAAGCUUUUGCAACAGCAAACAUCACACUAAUAUACAUGGCUAUUCGCACUGUUGAUAAAGCCUUCCUGUAUUCAGAUAUCUCCAAUAUAGCACAAGCAGUUGCGUUCCUCCCUCAGAAAGAUAUACUCAUUGCUCAUGGCAAGAAUAAUGCCUUAACAAUCGUUCUAACAACGUGUGGAAUUUUGGUGGCAGCUUUGUGCCUUAUUAUAACUGCAACUGUAUGGAAUUUAAAGAAGAAGAAAAACAUGGCCUUUGAAGAAGCAGUACUAUGAUAUACCAGACUUCUUAGAACUUUUUUCAGUGUUUUAGAGAGGAACAAUUAAUAUACAAAUACAAGCUUCUAGCUUGUAGAGGAGGAGGAAGAAAAUGCAUGUAAUGGUUACCAGACAACUCAAACAAUGUCGAAGGUACAACUUGUCACAAUCCUAGUUUAAUCCUAGGUAACAAUGAAAGUCCUAAAUCAGGAAUUCUCUUUCUGAGGUAGACAAAGGCUAUCUCAUACAUUUUAUGACAUGGUUGCCUGGCUUCACAGGAUUUUCAGCAAAUAUACAAUGUCUGUGUGUGAUGAAAGGAAAAUUUAGUGAAUAAGAAAAGAAAUGUUUAAUAUCUCAUCUCCAAAACUGGAAGUAAAGUCUCUCCCCAUUGGGAAAAAUUGUUUUUUGAAAAAUGGAUUGCACACCAAUAAUCAUAUACAUUUUUUGUACAAGAAAGUGUAAGAACAUUUGUGGGGAGGGGUGUUCCUUC